AUGCUGAAAAACUUAACAAGUAGCUUGCUCAUUGCAAUGCUUACCUCAAGACAGCGUCGUGCCUUACAAACUCAGUUCAACAAAUCUGGCAACCUGCCGCCAUGGGCACUCGAAUACGAAGACGGUGAAGAGCUGGGAUCGGAGUUCGUCGAGUGGGCAAAGAAAGUUAAAGAGGAAACAUACGAGGAGAACAUUGACGGCCACAUCGGCGUGAGCAGCGACGAAGAAGGUGGUGAUGAGGAAGACAACAGCCACAGUGGCCACACGUCCACCAACCCCGAAGAUGAAGGCAAGACGGCCCCGAAGACAGGGACCUUCACGAAUAUUACAGUCGAUGUGGACGACGGCCACUGGUCUGCCGGCGAAGCCAUCGACGAUGACGACGAGGCCGACAGUUACGACGAUGAAGACGAGGAUGAUGUCUUUGAUGAAUUGAAUGGCGAUAACAAGGCGGGUCCUGGCGGACCCGCCACUUCGAACGCCAUUGUGGCCAGUGGCGACCCAACUGAUGGCGAAUCGCUCUGUGACGCGUCAGAUAAAGAGAACCACCGGCCCGACGAGAAUACCAACAGUUCCGCUUUCAACGACGACAGCGACGUGGGUGGCUAUCUGUCCGACGCAGAGAAUAUGCAAGUGUCCAUACCUCCCCCUGCUUGCCGAACUUACAUCAAACCCGGUAACGAAGAAGCAUAUAUUGACGGUAUCGACUAUCAAGCGCGGCAAAAGCAGACGACCCGUUCACCGCUAUCCAUGCUCGUUGGGCAGGUCAACACACCAAACAUAGAUAACGCCGAGGAGGUCGUCACCUCCGAGGAAGCACACAUCCCUACCAACGACCUCGAAACAGACAACAACGCACCUGUAGACGCGGCCUCCGACAGUGGCUACUCCGCCGGAACAGACGACGUCGGGAAUGCGUCCGACAGUGCCAGCACCGACACAGAAGAUCGUCUUGCGGCCAUCGCUUCCUCGAUGCAUCGGUCCUUCCAGACUCGUAUGAAAAUGCUGCAGCUCAUGUCACAGCAUUGCCUAGGCCGAGCGGGCGCUGACCAGAAGCGUAAGAGAGACGAGGAUGACGAGGAUGAAGGUUUCGACCAUCUUCCGCCAGGGUCGAGGCAGCGCAAGAUAACCAAGAGGGAGUGUGGAGAGGAGUCAUUGGAGUAAGGAAAAACAAAAAAAAUUGCGUUGGGUAGGAGCGAUGGUGGACCAGGAGAAUGAUCAAGGUAGUCUCGCAUAGUAGAGUGUCGACGGAGUCUGGAAUGUGGAUCCCGUACAACGAAGUUUUGUCUUUGUGAUGCAAUGUAUUUCAGCCUAUCGAGUCAGAAGAGUUUGCUCUGACUGCCUACGAUAGAAUAAUGUCGAAAACGGAACAGACGCACCUCUGUCCAAGCGUGUGACUCUCGUCGUGUCACCUUCGUUGGGCCGCCCCGCUUCUCGUCGGUCUAUUCACAGAUGGUAGCGACAACGCAACAGACCUCCGGAAGCUACAAGAGGACAAGUUUUUCUUUACAGGAGCACCAGAUGGC